AUGACGUACGUAUCUGUCGGACAAGACAUAUUCAUCAAGUGCAAUUCACUGAGCCGGCAGGACAAUAUGACCAUCAAUCUUUUCAACAAUGGCACAUCGUUGUACCUAACCGAUAGCGACAUCAGCUGUUCUUUAAGUACAAAAGCUUCGUCGUCCUCGGCGCGCUCCUCGGCAAGGCCAGUUGACAGUGAAGCAACUGCAGCCGGAGGACCGCUCAAGCAGCCGAAGCAGCCGGAGGUCUGCCGAAGCAGCCGGAGGACUGCUGAAGCAGCCGGAGGACUGCUGAAGCAGCCGGAAGACCGCCGAAGCAGCCGGAAGACCGCCCAAGCAGCCGGAAGACCGCCGAAGCAGCCGGAAGACCGCCCAAGCAGCCGGAGGUCUGCCAAAGCAGUCGGAGGACUGCCAAAGCAGUCGGAGGACUGCCAAAACAGUCGGAGGACUGCCAAAACAGUCGGAGGACUGCCAAAGCAGUCGGAGGACUGCCAAAGCAGCUGA